AUGCCUGAAAAGACGGCAAAGUGGAAAUCUGAUGAUUCGAAUAGCACCGUUCCCGCUGCCCUGGGUUUCAAGGACUCCGAGAGUAGAGAAGCCGAUGUUGAAUGCAUUGCUAUAGAUCUCAAAGCCGGUCUUCACCGCUCAAGAUUUGUAAGAUGGACCUUGAGGCUCGAAGUUUGCCUCCAUGAUUCGAAGUCCAUGCUUCUUACCAAGUUAAGAGAGUAUAAAACGGACCUCAACAAUUUGAAGACUAAUGUUAACAGAAUAUCUUCAGCUAAUUUAAAUCAAGCUGCACGAGACGACUUACUGGAAUUAGGAAUGUCCGAUGCAAUGACGGUUGUGGCCUUGAAUACUGAGACAUUUCUUGUUCCUGCUGCCAAUUUGGAUUUGGAGAACUCCCCGAUUCCUGAGUUCCCUCCCAAUGAAGUAGUACUCGAUGUAAUUACCAUAGAGGAUGUCAUUGGGGAGCUUCUUCAGGGCUUGCAUUCUCGACAAAAGCCGACGUUCCGGCUGGACCUUAGCUUGCAAACGGAAGGACCCAAGUUGGUCCGCUCCCCCGCAACCAUCGCCAAGAUUAUGACUGAUCCUAGUUCCACAUCAUCAAUACGUUGCGAGAUAAAAUUGCCAUCUGGUGAGAAGAAGUGGAUAAACAAGAGUUGUAGGGCGAUCGUUGGACCCCAGUGGAAUGCAGGGCAGAGGAAAAAGAAGCUACGGAAGGCCGGGCAAAGCAGAUGGUUGGGUAUUAGGCCGAAAGUUAGAGGUGUUGCAAUGAAUCCAGUUGAUCAUCCUCAUGGUGGUGGUGAAGGGAAAAGUAAGAGUAGUGGGAGUCAUGGGAAGGGUUCUCGGACACCUUGGGGAAAGCCCACCAAGGGUGGCUACAAAACUAGAUCGCCAAAGAAGAAGAACAUUAUUUAA